UGAAUCCUCAUGAGAAGUAUUCCCAGCUCAGACCGUCAAAUCUUCGUUAACCUGAAACCUGGACACAGUUGAAGGGGAAAAGUGUCCCAUUGUGCUAUCUGUGUGGAGACCCAAAGCUCCCGGUGCACCCCAGCAGUCCAGGGUAGCUUGCCCUGCCACCUCCCCUGAAGAGAACAGCAGCUGACCUCACUACUAGGAUCUGAGGCCUAAGUGUGCUGGAGCCCGAUACUAAAGGGAAACUGAGGCAAGAGACAGAGGGUAGAGCCAAGAAUGAACUUGUCUUGAGCCUGGGAUCAGUUCCGUCGGGAGGCAGAGAAGACAGGGAGAGACUGUGGCUCCAAGAGCCAGAAAGAAACAGCCAAGUGAGGACAGGCGCAGCCUAGCUUGGGCUCCCUCCUCAUGGCCUCCAAGCAGGCUGCUGCCAAGGGCAAGGGGGAGAAGCGGAAGCGAGUGGUGCUGACCCUGAAGGAAAAGAUUGACAUCUGCAGUCGGCUGGAGCGCGGGGAGAGUAGGAAGGCACUGAUGCAGGAGUAUAACGUGGGCAUGUCCACUCUGUACGACAUCAAAGCCCACAAGGCCCAGCUACUCAGGUUCUUUGCCAGCUCAGACUCUCGCCAGGCACUGGAGCAGCGGCGUACCCUGCACACCCCAAAGCUGGAGCACCUGGACCGGGUACUCUAUGAGUGGUUCCUGGUGAAGCGUGCCGAGGGCAUCCCCGUAUCCGGCCCUAUGCUCAUCGAAAAGGCCAAGGACUUCUAUAAGCAGAUGCGGCUGACAGAGCCCUGUGUGUUCUCUGGAGGGUGGCUUUGGCGCUUCAAGGCCAGACACGGCAUUAAAAAGCUCGACGCCUCUAGUGAGAAGCAGGUGGCCGACCCCCAAGCCGCUGAGCAGUUCUGCGGCUUUUUCAGGAGCCUGGCAGCUGAGCAUGGGCUGUCUCCUGAGCAGGUGUACAGCGCUGAUGAGACUGGUCUGGUCUGGCGCUGCUUGCCAAAUUCUACCCCGGAUGAUGGGACUGUGCCCCGCUUCAAACAGGGCAAGGACAGGCUGACGGUCUUGAUGUGCGCCAAUGCCACAGGCUCCCACAGAAUCAAGCCCUUGGCCAUUGGGAAGGGUGGCGGCCCCAGAGCCUUCAGAGGCAUCCAGCACCUGCCUGUUGCUUACAAGGCCCAGGGUAAUGCCUGGGUAGACAAGGAGAUUUUCUCAGACUGGUUCCAUCAUAUUUUUGUCCCCUCAGUGAGAGAGCACUUUCGAACCAUAGGCUUACCAGAAGACAGCAAGGCCAUUCUCUUGCUGGACCAUUCCCGGGCCCACCCACAGGAAUCGGAGCUGGUGUCAGAGAAUGUCUUCACUAUCUUCCUGCCCUCCAGUGUGACUUCCCUACUGCAGCCCACAGAGCAAGGCAUUCGAAGAGCCUUCAUGAGGCUCUUCAUUAACCCUCCUGUGGCCUUACAGGGCUUCCCCACCCGCCACAACGUGAAUGAUGCCAUAGUCAAUGUGGCCUGUGCCUGGAAUGCUGUGCCUAGCCAGGUCUUCAGGCGGGCCUGGAGGAAACUGUGGCCCACUGUCCCAUUCACUGAAGGUUCCUCCUCUGGGGAGGAAGCAGAGUGCUGUAGCAUCAAGCCUCACAAGACUUUCGCACACAUCCUUGAGCUUGUAAAAGAAGGGCCCUCUUGUUCUGGCAGCAGGCUUCAGGACAGCAGGGUUGAAGAGCGGCUUGUGUCAGGGAGGGACAUGAAUGAGGCCCCUGCUGUUGUGGUGCCGUCCCAGGCCACUGGGUGUGCAGAAAAGUCAGAGAAAGAUGCUGGUGAGGAUGAGGAGACAGUCUGGGAGCAGGCAGCCACAUCCUUCGAGGCACUCGUGCGCUUUGCAGAGCGGCAGCCAUGUUUCAGUGUGCAAGAGGUGGGGCAGCUGCAGGCGCUGCACACAGUAUUCAGGAGACAGCAGCAGCUGAGGCAGCCUCGUGUGGCUCUCAGGGCUGUGAUCAAACUUGAGGCCCUUCAGGAGCACCCUGGUGUGUGCAUGGCCACAGCCCACUCUGCCUUGCCUUGCUCAUCUACAGCAAGUGACAACUAGAGUACCUUGCUUAUACCUGCUGACCCUCUGCAGCUCUGCUCUGUGGCAUCUGCAGCUCGGGGGCUGACACUGCCUGCUAGGGAGGAGAGCAUACUGAGAGGAGAUGAGCGGGAGAGCAAGCACAGACACAAGCCCCAGGAGCAUAGCUCUUGUCAGGGUCACUGUUUACAGAGGGCUGCAUAUGUCCUGGCUAGUGGUCUACUGUACCUCCUAGCACAGAUAAUAUAUCAUUUGAAUGGCAGGAGACCUGGUGCCCUCUUUCUCAGCACUCUGAAGCCUCCCCUAGCUGCAGCUGGGCCCAUUGGGGCAGUUCUGUGUCUGGUGUUGGAAGACUGAGCCACGUUAUCAGGUUGAAGUGCCUUGAGGGGUGCACCUCCAGCCUUCAGGAGGCUCGCUCUCCUCAAUGGGUGGACCCCAAGUCCAGUCCUGAGGGCAUUGUCUUCAGCGUCUGACCUCUGUUCACAUCCCUCACUCUAGUUGCAAAGGUACCAUGCUGUCCUCUUGGUUUGCACCCACCUCAGCCAUGGACAAAUUCAAGCAAGCUCUGUAGUGUCCUUGUCAGCAGCAGGUCCUACCCCCAGGGUCCAGGUCUCACAGAGACACUGCGUUCUAGUUAAAGCAUUGCUCAGAGGCCAACAUGUACCCAGAAGUCUGUGCUCCUCAAAAUUUCAAAGUAACAGCCUUUAUGUGAAUGGUUUGCAAAGUCACAGAAGAACACUCAGUGGCUUGGAGCUCACGGGGUGGGGGUGAGGGAGGCGGUAGGUGGGUUAGCACUACUCCAGUGGAAUAUGUGUCUGCACUGGUUAGUUCUAUGGAGACCAGCUGUCGGAGGACGUGACUGUUUUCCUGACAUUGUAGCUUUGUAGCUGAGGAGUAGCACUGUGGCUGCUGUGCCUGUGACUCCCAUUGCCCUUGUCUGCAGCCGUUAGCUCUGUUCUUUCACCGUGGCUUUGUCUUUGACCUUCACUCCCUCUGCGAUUCCUGUGGCUGUAUUACCAGUUUUCAUUCCAGUGGUCGACGGCUGCUACACCAAGAGACUUUUGUCCGAACCUCUGAGAGCCAGAGGGGUUUGGGGAAUGUUGGUUUGUGUUUCUGUAUCUGUCUAAACACUGAGGAUGGUCAUUGCAGACAGCUGUAGUUGUGGGCGAGUGUUGUCUUGCUUUUCCUGCAUGUGUGAAUAUUAUAACUAGGUCGUUUUUAGAA